UCAACCCUCCUGAACAGUUUCCCCUGCCCGAAGGGAUGUAUGUCUGAUGAGGACGAAGGAUAUAACCGAAGAACGAAGCUGGUGAUUUAACACUGCGGGAGUCGAUUCGGUGUGGGUAUGAGGUUCGGUACAAAGACCGUAUAGUCAGCGCUUAGUCGUGGUUCUCGUCAGUCUUCACCGCGAAUAAAUGCUCGUCAACUUAUGAACAGUAGUGCAAUGGAACUUAAUUAUUUCUAGUGUCACGAAUGAAAGUGAUAUUUCGGACAUAUUAAUUAAAAUUCGAUCGAGUUAAUUACGCGGUACAGAAAUACGAAAAAUGUGGGAUUCCGCCAGCGAAUCGUUCGACGUGUGCCAUUGUUCAAGAUUAUUAGAUGACUGUAAAGUGAGUGAUAACCGUAAGGCCUUCUGCAGUCUGUCGUGCAACAAGGAAAACGUAAAUCAAAGAUUGGGGAGCCCCGUUAAACACGAUGUUGAACUUUCUUUGUAUGAUAAUAAUAGUCCGCAGAGGGAACGCACUGCAUCGACAGGGUGCAACCGUCGAAUAGGGGGACAUCGUCGUCCUCUAGUAGAUUACAACCCUAACUCCCAUGAUUCGGGAUAUGGAACUAGUUCUUCUUUUUCGGUUGAAGACAAGUUGAAUUCAUUCGGGUCGAUCGAUUCUCUGAACGACGAAUUUCUCGAUUUUUCCGAUAUGGGUCCUUUAGACGAAAAUUGUCAACUUCCCGGGGACUUUAGUAAACUUAUGAACGGGAGAAUUCAAAUGGGCGUUGAGAAUACUAACAGUCCCCAGCAACAAAUUGUUUUUCAAAGACCUCAGAUGAGUAGGUCUAUUUCGCUUAAUCUGGAAACUAUCGCUCCAGGUACCAGUCGGGCAAGAUCCUGUCUUUUUACGAACGAGGCAAAAUCUUUUAAACGUCCCAAUCCGCCUGCUAAUAUCAGCAGUCCAUCAAGACUUAAAAGGUGCAAAUUACUAGAAGAUAACAUAGUCGUUCCGGUUGUUCUUUCUAAGCCUACUUUGCAACGAUCUGCUUCGGUUUCCGAAGACGUUAUCAAGUCUGCGUUACAAAAGUCUUCCACGGAUUCCGAUCUGAUCGGAGAUUUCACUAAAACAUUUAGUCUUCCGCUUGUUCCGGGAAGACACCCCGAUUUGAAAUCCAUAUCCAGUUCGACGUUAGCUUUGCUUAUGGAAGGUUCAUUUUCCGAAAAGGUCAACUCAUACAAAAUCAUCGACUGUCGCUAUCCAUACGAGUUCGACGGUGGACAUAUAACUGGCGCUCAAAACAUCUUCACCAAGGAUCAAAUAAUGGAAGAACUCUUGGCAUCUGACAAACUUCCCAAGGAUGCCAAUAAGAGGAAUAUCCUUAUUUUCCAUUGUGAAUUUUCCAGUGAAAGAGGACCUACCUUAUAUCGUUUUCUACGAAACCUGGACCGUAUACGCAACAACGACAUUUACCCUUCCCUUCAUUAUCCUGAGAUAUACUUGUUGGAAGGGGGUUACAAGAACUUUUAUGAACAAUUUUCAGAUCUGUGUACUCCGCAGGGGUACAAGCCAAUGGCCCAUCCCGAGCAUCAAAACGAUCUGAGGCACUUUCGCGCAAAAGCAAAGUCAUGUAACGCCGACAAAUUAUGUACAAGUAAGGGAGGUAUGAAAAGGUUCAAACUUAGCUUCAUGUAAAUAAGAUAUGGUUUUCAAGCUUAGUUUGGCAAUUUUUGUAAAUAUUAUUCACACUUUACCGCCUAAUGAAAGUACAAAUUUAUUUGUGAAAGGCAUUUUAAUCUGUAAACUCUUAACUGUGUAAGUAGAUAGGUUGUACUUUUUGUGAUUGUAGCUUUUAGUCCUUUGACUUGUGUUAUGUGUUCAUUGAUUUAUUUCAUUAAUUCCAUUACGGCGAUCGCCGUGAAUACGAUUUGUAUAAACUGCAAUUGCGAAUUUCACCAAAGUUUUAACACGACUUAUGUAUUAUACUUUUUUUUUUCCUUUGUCUUAUGUUACUCAAAGGAUCAUUUUGUGCAGUGCAAUUAAUUAGCAAUAGAGAUGUGAUGGACUUUUUAUGUUAUUUUUUUUUUCCGAUUAUGCUUAGCAAAAUCAUUUUAUCACAUGUUUGUUAUACAAAUUUUAUUGAUUAAGUAGGCUUUAUAUAAGCCCCUUUCGAGACAGUAUUUUAGAUUUAUAUUGAUUCUACACAAUAACCUCAUCGAGUUUUGUGAUUAUUCUUAUUAGUACUAUUGUUAGAAUUAAUGUCGCAU